AUGCCGAUCAACAGAGACCCAUCAACACCUCCCCCUGUCAUCGGCAAAAUCGGGCCUUACACUGUCUUCAUGACUCCUCCCGCGACUCCAAACCCACCUGAAUCUCCUGCCGAUGUCUCUGAAAAGCACAUCGCUCCACCGCCGGUUCUUCCUCCGCCGCAGCAGUUUAAAUCGGUGGCUUCCUCUGAACCGGAAGGCUCAGUUUUAGGGUUCUUCAAGAACGCCGUCACAAAGGUUCAAAAUGCACAUUCAAGCGUGGAUGAUCAUUUGGUGAGAUGGUUUGGGUUAAACCAAUCCAAGUACCAGUGGGCUUUGGAUGAGUACUACGAAGGCAAAGGAUCUGAAAUGAAGAAGAGCGUGAAAGCCAAGGAGAUGUCGGGGAAAGCAGAAAGCGUUUAAGCAAACCAUACAUAUCCCCAGUUAAUUGUCAAUUUCAGAAUCCUGUUUAUCGCAGAGGUUUAAAGAAAAGCUGGAGUUUUGUUAUGAUGAUCGAUCAUUUAACCCUUAGAGAUCUCUUUUGGUAAAAUACUUAAGAGCUCCUCCUUGCACUGAUCAUUUGUUUUUUUUUUGUAAGUUUAGUAACAUUUAUCCAUUAUAGUAUAAUUUAUUUUUAUAUAUCAAGAAAAAAUCAUAUAUGUAUGAUGGUGUUUUUAUAUUGGAUCAAAUCCCC